AUGGAACAGCUGGUCACACUCCAGCGACGGGGGUCCCAAGAAUGCUUACGACAGACAUCUAGCUUCAGGAAGAUGCAGGUGCUGACCUCAGAGCUUAGCCUGGCUGCCCUCAGCCUGCUGCUCUUGAUGGCUUUCUCCAAGAAUUGGCUCUACCCCGCUGGGAGCCGUUUCUUCCAGUACUGGCCAGCAAAUGUCAGCGCUGAAAUCCACACCUAUGUCCAUAUCAUGUCUAUGGGGUUCUUUCUGGACUGGAAAUCUCAUCCUCAUGCCACAGAAUACAGGAAAGAUAUUUUUAAGCAAUGGAAAAAUCAGCCAUUCUUUGAGUUGGCCAAAUUAAGCUUCUUCAUUGCCCUUGGACUGGGCUUUGUCCUCACCGCCUGGCUGCAUCUGCCAUACUUGCCUGUCUUUCAGAGACUACCUGCCGUUGGCUGGACUGGGACCAUUAUGAGCAUCUGUGAAGUCACCUUCGUUUUCUUCACCCUCAUGUUGUUCCCUAUAAACCUCUGGAUCUUUGAGUGGAAGAGGAAUUUAUCAAUUCCCAUUGGCUGGAGCUAUUUCAUUGGUUGGUUGACAUUUUCCCUGUAUAUCAUCUGUGCAGUUCUUUGCUACUUCAACCAAAGAAAUCUCCAGCAUUCGAAUCUGACAUAUCCCUUUGGCUCCGUAUCCUGCAGCAGCACUUUUCCCAUGGUUAAGAAGUGUCUGAAAGAGAACACAGAUUACUGGCACCCCAAGAUCCUGAGAAAAAAGAUGGGGAUGUCUCCAUAA